AUGGCACAGAAGCUUUGGUUCGUUAUGAAGGAGUCUGGUUGGAACCUUUUCCAUAUCCGUCGUGCUGGCACAGUAGGAGUCGACUUACCAUUUGAGCUGGUAAAAUUUGGUCCUUUGGGUACUCGUGAAAGCUUGGCAGAUAUAAAGAGGGGCGAUCUUGUAGCCAUUGGUACUCUCAAAAACCCGGAAAAUUAUGACUAUGUCCGUUUCUGUGCCGAAGUAUUUCCAAACCAGCAAGAUCGAGAGGCAUUCUUAAGUCUUGCGGGGGGUGAAUCGUCGGCGAUAAGAUUCAUGGGUGAAUUCAUCGAGGGUUUUCUGAAGGAGAUUGUCAAGAAGACAGAGAAAAUUCGACACCGUCCAAAGGGGACGAGGCGUAGGACAACAUUUACACCAUGUUGCACUCGCAUGUUUCGCCGGUAUCCCAGACUAACUAAUCUGCUGCAAAGGUUAGACAAGCCCUAUCAUGUCGUUCUGAAAGUUACUCUAAAUUCUGAGGAGGAGUUCGCCAUCGAUCUCGCAGGCGCACAAUAUGGACAUCAUCAACCCGUUAUCCCUUGGGAUGAGUUUCAACGGACCAGGGUCCUUGAAAUAACUUCUACCAUUCCACCGCGGACACCACAUGGUCUGUUGAAAGUAGACGACUACAGAAUGGAUGCCAUGCUAAAACAAAACGUUAAAAUAAACAGACACGGCUCAAAAGAUUUUGAACUCGAAGCACUAGCUAUGUUGAUGCGUCUUUGGCAGUCAAAAAACCUAGGUUUCAGAGACCUUUGGAAUCUACCAAUGGAUGAAUUCGUGCGGCGAAAUAGGGAGCUUGUUGACUUCGUUCACUGGAACUUUAAUCAUCCGUCUUUAGGCACAGGAACUGCUCGUGGAAAGUUGCUUCGAGAUUUAUAUCCGAAUGUUUGGCCACACUACAAAACCUAA